AUGCCUGCAACACCGUAUGUCGCACCACAAACAGCCACUAUCGCUACCAGAGUGCAAGAACCCAGUCUUGUUGCUGAGCUGCAUGAUACGCCCAGUGACUCUGGACACAGAACGACAAAAUCACUGCCUAAAAAUCGCAUUCAUUUGACACUGGAGGUGAUUAAACAGACGCUGAACGGCACUAAAGGAAGGAAAAGAUUCAUCGAUGAGAUCAUCCAAGAAUCUGUCCCGAAUUUCUUUGGGCCUGAUGUGGUUUUCAAGGAGUUUAUAACCAAUGCGCACCGUAAGAUGGCAGGCAAAAUCACGGGAAUCCCACCUUUUGGUUUGCUUGCCCGCCACUUCCUCGUCGUCAUCAUCGCCGUUGCCGUCGUCGCCAUCUCCAUCUCAAGCCCAUCAGUCCAGUAUUAUUGGCGUGAAAAUCAUCUCACACCAAGAUUUAUGUUCAUUGCCCAUCCACUAGCAAUGGAUAUUGACUGCAACAACAACACUAUUGACCCCGCCUUACUUGUGCUGGCCAAUCACAGUGUGCCAUCACUGGCGCUCGGACCUGUGCGAAGUCAGCCAUCCUGUCAACGAGUUAAUCCCUACACUGUGCCAUCUCGCAGCGAGUCUCAAAACCCUGCUGCCUCACCUGACAGAGGAGAAUGUGCUACCAGUGCCAAAUUGACGGUGAAGCAACUCCAGCAGUUGUGCCACAAGCAGAACUUGAGCACACCAGGAAGGAAGGCUGACCUUGUUGCAUGGCUUGCAGCACACCCAAGCACUCCCAAUCCAGCCCUCACAUCAUCUACCCCCUCAAUUAUCAGCACUGUGCCUGUGCCAGCUGAGCCUGGCAGUCCCACAGCCCACACCCAGUCAUCCGAGCCUGUCUCUACCCAGGGGCUUGACGAGAUUGACACCCUUGCCACGCAUAAUGUGAGUCAGCUGGCUUGCUCAUUUCAAGAUGCAUUUGAUGGUGGUGAAAAUGGCCACGUAGAAGAUGAUAUUGACGAUACUGGCGCAAAUGCCCCUGAUGGUCAAGAUGAUGAUAAGCUGCUGGUUUAUGUGAGUGGCCAGCGCAUGCAUGCAAUCAACACAGUGAGAGCAUGGGUUGAUGAAUUUAUCAUGGGCACGCGCCAGAAAAGCAGACAGAAUACAGAGAAAAGUGUCCUCAACAUAUGGAAGCGCUGGUUGACCACCACAAUCGCAUUGGGACAAGUCCCGGAUGUGAUCAUUGAUGCACACCACAUCAUUGAUGAACAAGAUCGUGCAAAUGGAUCUCUGUCUGCGAGCUCCCUCAAGAAGACAAUGACAAUGCUCAGUUGUGUUCGAUGCCGCCAGGUCGAUGAUAAUAUGUCUCUCAAGCAGGCAUGGCCGGCAUUCACUCCACGUAUUUUGGACUUCUACAAAGCACUGAUGGUUCAAGCACAAUGCCUCUGCCUUGAGCACGAAGACUUUGAUGUCAUGGAGAACACAAUAUUAGACUCCCACCUAUUUCCUGAACAUUUCGAGCAAGUCAAGAAGUCCAUCUUCACGACCCUCACUCAAUUGCCAUCUAUCAUCAAGGCUUAUCAGUGUUGGACGUGGCAAUGCACUACAUUGAACCAGGGUGACGAGCUCAUCAACCUUCCACUAUCCUGCAUCCAACCAUACAAAGUCUUUGUUCCAGACUAUACAACAGCUGAUGGGAGGAGAAGCAGGAGUGGGCAGUUUUUUUUGGGGGUUCUGUCACUCUACCAUGAGACCAAGGUUGCAAAGCCUGGUAAGCAGGAGCCUGACUACAGCUUCAUGCUCCCGCACAAGGACCCGCUAAAGUGCCCGAUUGGGGCCCUUGCAAUCUCACUUCAUUAUCAAUUUGACCAAGAGGGCCUGAUGAGCAAGGUUGAUGGCUGGGACUGGUCUCAGUCAUCCACAUGGCGUGAGGUUAAACUCAUGUUUGGAAAGCAUGUCGGACAGCCAUCAAGUGGCGACGCUCUGCGGAAAAUGUACACCACCAUGUUGGGCCCAACAACAAUCACAUCAAAGAAGAAGCUACAUCUCACUCGCCGUUGUAAAGAGUAA